GAGAGAGCAAAAGAAUCAUGAGAAUGCUGUGGAUGGAGAUGUGGAAUUGCUUCUAAUGGGAAACCGGACAUGAUUGAUGUUGUCGCUUAGCUCUGCGCUUUCUUGAGAUACCCUUCCGUUUUUCUUUUUUCCUUUUUCGUCGCUUUCUGGCGUAGUCUGUCUGGCUCCGAUCGUUUCGUCGGAUUUCCUAUCAUAUCCCAGUUCCUUGCAAACGGCCAUGCAAUUCAUGGUGAUUGAAUGAUUUGAUGAUUCCUUCUUCUUUCUCUCUUCAUAACCCCCUUUUCCUCCGCUAGUUUCCGAUUACUCAAACAUGCCCCUGAUGAUGGAGGACAGCAUCAAUGUUGACGACCUCUUUGGGGAACCCACCUCUCUCGAGCUGGGUUUGUCCUCCUCCUCCUCCACUCUCAAAGGCCUAGUGCAGCGUCUGGAUGAGAUGAGACUGGUGGGGUGCUGCCAGAAGAUUGCUUGGUCACGACUGGGGUGUAUUGCAUACAUCUCUCAAGAUAGCCUCAAGGUCAAGACCCGUCAUCUCCAGUGUCAACCGUCAGAUGGUAAAUGGGUGCUCAGUGAUGACACUCCUUUGCUGCCAGUCACUGAUGCCCACGGUGGCUACCCUCUGGUUCAUCUGAGCUGGAAUGAAACUGGCACCGAACUGGCCGUGGUCGACUCUUCCGGCCGGGUCUCCGUCUACUCCAUCUCAAUUGCCCUCAACAGCAUUGCAGGUCAACGUCAGGCGAACUUUGAUCCUAGUGAUGAUGCCGCUCAGAUCGUCGGCAUGAUGUGGCUGAACACGCAACGUUUUGUGCAUGCUUUCAAUCAAGCAACCAAGGUGAAUGGCCGUUGGGGAUAUUCUCCUGUCGGUCGUCGACCAAUUGGUCCUUUCCAUCCGUCCAAUAAAGCAGUGUUGCUCUGCGUGACUAGAUCCGGUCAGAUCAGGCUGAUAUACCAAAACCCCGAUGGUAAAUGGGCCGAAAUCAACACAGAGCUCAAGAAUACCGGAUACUCGGACAGACUCUUGACCCAUGCAGCCUUGGUAGCCUCUCCAGCCGGUGUUUUUAUUGCCACCCAUUCCUCGUGCCAGAAGAUUUGUCUAUACCGUCUACAGGUUACCUGGAAUCCCCCCAAUUGGGACCCGAAGAUACCGGCUUCAGCACAAUCACCUCCCGUCCCGAGUAUGCGUUUCGCCCACUGCAAAGUCGAGACUCCAGGUAAUAUUUUGAGCACAGCUCACAGUUCUGGAGAGAACUCUGAUCAAACCUCAUCUUCGACCAACUCUGUUUACUCCCUCACCCGAUUAGAGAUAAUCUGUGCCCCGGCGGUUGAUAGCCAAUCUGGAUCGACACCACCAUGGAUCCUUGCAGUCUUCUCAAACUCUCUCCACGCUACGAAUGGCCAUCCUGAACAACAAGGGCCAGCCAGUGUCAUUGUGCGCUGGCAACUGGAAAGCGGUUCCCAGACGCUUCAUCCUAAGUUUGACGAAGUCCCGUCGAAAAAGAACAAUGCUCAAGUCAAGCCGAAAAUGGAGCUACGCAGGCUAGAAAACAUCUACUCUGAUAAACAUAUCAUUUCAAUAGACCAGACAGAAUAUGGAAACGUUCUCGCUGUGACAUAUGAUGACAGCUCCGUCAUAUUUUACGAUCCAAAGACCAUGGCUGUGUUCAGUGGCAUGGAUGAUGUGAAUACCGUGACCAGUUUAGCACAGGCGGGAUUCCACUAUCCCUCAGAGAUUUCAGGCAUCCACACCAGCUUCUCUCCAAAUGCCACUGCUACUGUCAUGCUUGAUAGCGAGGGGCAAAUGCAGCUUAGGCCCAUGGGACACUGGUAUGGAGCAGAGCAUGGUCUUUUUGACGAAAGCAAAUUCUCUGCCGCUAUUGCAGGUCUCACAUUAGCAUUCUGUCGCGGAAGUGGAAGUGAUGUGAACACAGAUGACAUUCUUUUAAUCGUUCAGCAACAACUCCCAGCUGAUGCGCGGGUCACAUUCAUUAAUGAAGUAUAUCGCGGGUUGCCUAUCAAUUGUGACUUCACGGCGGAACAGGAUAAACUCAUGAACCAUCCAUACAUCCCACGGUGCCUCAGCCUACAAGCUGCUAUAGGGUUUAGGGAUAAGUAUAAGCCACGCAACCCACCAUCUGCUGUGUCAUGGGCCAUUCUCAACCUUCGCCAUGCAUCAGUUCUAUUUGCCUAUUUUUUCACCUACAACAAGACUCCUCAUACGACCAACAAGAACGCCCAUAUGGCAGAGCCGCAUGACCCAGAUGUAUUGCGAAUGGUUCUCGGAAAUACCAAAUGGGCACUUGAUUUCUCACAGUAUAUCAUGAAUGAAAUUUUCGAUUUAGCGGAUGAGUUUGAAGGCGUGCUCAAUGACCAGGAGGCAUUGAGUCAAAAAUUAAAAACAACAAACUCUCUGCCUUUGAUAAUUCUACUUUCAAGCAUGUCUCGUGCAUUCUUGCGUUUCAUCUGCCGUGGCCUGCGUGGUGUCUAUGGAGGCUAUGCCUCUUCACCAGGCCUCACAGGUGACGCUCGCAUCCACUAUGCCGAGAUUUGCCAGACCAUGGACGCCUCCCCUGUCCGUAUCGAUGUGCACGAGAAGUUCCUCUCUGGAGUGGAUUCGGCAGUACGACAUGCGUACCAAGGUGCUGGUUUCGGGGAUGCCGAGCGCCCUGGACCCGAGAAGGAAUUGCUUGUCAACGCCCGUAUCCCCCCAGUCCUUGUCACAGCAGUUGCCACCCUCCUCCGACAAACGAUCCCAAUAAUCAAACCAGACAUCGACCGCAUGGCAAUCUACCUGGGCGACUACAGCUGGCUUGGUUUCGGCCACGACCGAAGAACAGAAUUCUACCGACGAAACCGCGACGUCGACAUCGUGAAGAAGACACCCCUACGAGUUCUGUUACCAGCCAGCAACCCAGAACAAACCCACGAACACGGCAGUAAACCCGGUAAUAACCACGGCCAACAGCGUCGACGACGCUGCGUGCGCUGCUGCGAACUCUCCGGCGACGCCCACACGCCACGCUCUAUGCUGUCUCUUCGCAUGAUCGCGAAACUGGGCCUUCUACGCUCUUGUCUCUGUGGUGGGAUGUGGACGCUGGAGUCGGGGUCUGGCCUGGCACCAUCACAACCACCUUCGACGCCGAUGAUGCAUCAUCAGUCAUCAGGUCGUACCCCGGCACUGGUUGAGGGGUUGGCGGGAUCGAGUUAGGGUUUACUUCGUGGGAGGUGGCGCAUUUAGAUGACCUAAAUAUUAUGAUAGGAUUUAUAUUAUACUCGGUAGAGGAAUUAUAUUAUAGAAUUUGGCAUGCAUGGUUGAUUGCUACCAUAGGUACGACGUAGUAUUGCCUAGGGCAGGGUAGAACAAUAUC